AUGUUGCAGAAUGUAUGUCAGUUAGGACUAAAGAUAAAACUUCAUUGUCAUACCAAAAAAGCUGCUCAUAAUACUUUUAUAAAAUUAAUAGAAUUAUUCAAGGAUCAUGACUUAAAAUUUGAUGAAACAGUUCGUAACUAUUGUCGGACAUUUCAUAAUUAUGACAAGAAAGAAAAGAGAUUUAUAUUCUGUGUACUGGGUAAAAUAAUUAAGUAUGUUGAAAGUAUUCGUUCGUCGCAGAACUAUUUAGAUAUUAUUUUCCAACAACUAUAUUAUGAUGCACGUGAUGAGUACGAUUCUAAAAUCAACGUACGUAAUGACUUCUACAUGUAUUUUGAUGCUCUCGCGGACAUAUUGGAUGGUGUAGUGGAACCACUAAAUACAUUAAAGGAUAAAAGACUCUCUGAUUCAUAUAAGUGGAUCAAGGAUUUUGGCCAAUGCAAUAAACAUGCAAUACAGCAAGGCGAUGAUGAGAGGGUCAGAACAGUUACGAAAUCGGCAAUCAAUUUUUUGUGUCGUCAUAUGAAUCUAUUUCAAGACUUGCUAUAUUCUGAUUGCAUGUACUGGCAUGAUAUCCUUCAACGCUUAUCGCUCAAAACAACCACUUACAAUAUUUAUGGACAACGCGCAUUGAAAAGAUUUUACCAAGUUAUCGGACAGAUUCUUACAAAUCAAAAUAGUAACGAGAGUGAAAUAUUGGUGAAAUUUGUGGAAUAUUUUUACAGAGAAUUCAAAAAAACUAACUUAAAUUUAACCACAUUGCGAUUAAUCGUUUAUGGCUUCAGUCAAAUGGCUGCACCAUGCAAAGUGCACAUGACUCAAUUUGAAGUAAGACAUAUGUAUUCCAUUACAACCAGUUAUGCGCUUCCUCUUUGUUCCAGCGAGCAUAGCCAUUCGACGCACAUAGAGAGCAUCUGUUGUUAUCAAGAAGCGCUCUCAGAAAUACUACGUCACAUGACUGAUGUUACAAUUGAAAAUAUUAACAUCCUUAUAAAGCUUAGUAUCUAUGUGAUCAAGAGAUUCCCCGAUUUAGCAAUAUCUAACAACGCGCUCGCCAUUUCAACAUUAACUAAAACUAUCAGCAAUCUUAUGAUUAUCGAUAAAGCUCUACUGCAGCGAUACCUGGACAGUAUAGUUUAUGAUGGUAUUGCGUGGAGUUGCUCGCACACUUUGGCGCUUGACGCAGAGUUGCAACGGGAAUUGAACAAUCUGGAACAGUCGCCAGUAUGCUACAAGAACUAUCUGCCGCUGUGGAUGGAGCUAUUGAACGCCAAGAGAUAUUGUGGACAAGAACAGUUAGCGCAACAUGUAGCCAAUACCAUGAUAGACGUAUGCAUUACGUUAAUUAAUCGACUGAACAUAAACGUGAAACGAAGAAAUGAGGACACCAUAUUAUCCGAUGUGGCUCUGACUCAAAGCGCCGUGAAUCAAGCGGACUUCCGCGUGUUCGCAAAUGUUGUGGAUCUCUAUGUAGACGUGAUCGAUGCAUCAGAUCCGCAGUUGUUCGCCAACACCGUACACAGAUUUCUCUACGAAGUCAUUCGGUUGUCGUACAAAUAUCCGCUGAUAUCCGGCUUCUACAAACUGAUUCAGGCCGGUAUGAAAGUCUUUACUCAUACAUCAGAGGACGAAGAGGAAGAGAAAAGCGCAGAGUCGCGACGGAUAGAGGAGCUUCUAUCUAAUUACUUAUGGCACACUCUCGAUCUAAUCCCUGCGUUCUCCAAUGAAUUACUGAUCGCGUGCCUCUACUUGAUCCUGGACGCACCUUUUGCGUAUGUCAAAGAUGCGCUGCCGUGCACACUGCCGACAUUUAAGAUCGCGUUCACUGCCGGUCUGAGUAACCUGGAACUCGCGUAUAGCGCGCUCACUGCUCUCGAGAUAUGGACGACAAAGGCACAGGAACAGAAACAAAAUGAACAAAUAAACGAACUGUUACGUGAAAUCAUCGUAUACCUGGAACCUUACUUGCGCAGCACAGAGAGUUCUGUUGAAAUCUCGCAAGACUUGAUGGCAGCGAGAAAGCGCGUAAAACGUGUUGAUGUGAUUAACACAGAUCACACGCUGCGAAACUACCAGCGGCGAGUUUUGCUGUUCCUCGGAUCGCUUGAUCACGAUAUGCUAACGAGUUUUGUACACGAGCAUGCUUCCCGUAAUACUGGGGCGUCCUGGGACUAUAAGGAACUGUCCAAGGUUUGCAAGUACAGUCUGUUACUGCCAGAUGCAGAACUGGUUAUCCAUUUUGACCGGAUGCUACCACGGGUAAUUGCGUUAGCGCGCGACUCCAGCGAUCGGCGCACGAAAAUCGCAGCCUGCGAGGUUCUACAUUCAAUGAUAGCUAUCAUCAUCGGCUCACUCUCGUACUCGAGAAACUCGGAUUCGGAGACUCGCUUCCCCACUCUCUAUAACACUUUAUGUCAGGCCGUGCUAGCCCUCGGUUGCGACUCAGACGAAGUCGUAUGCAGUCUCUUCCGUCCACUGGCGUUGCAGCUGAUGCACUUAUGGAGCUCCAGUCUCGAGUCAAUGUCCUUGGUGAUCGAUUCACUAUUUGACAGUUUGACCAACGACUCGAAUCCCGCUUUGCGCGAGUUCUCCGGCAUGUGUCUUGCAGAAUUUACGCGCUGGUCAAUCAGACAGAGCGCAACAAACAGGGUGCAACAUGUGCGUACGAUCAUCGAAAAGAUUAACAAUCUCGCGUUGCAUCCCUUGACGCGUAAACGCAUAGCCGCAGCCGUAGCCUUCAAUCAUCUCUAUGUGAUUCUACGUGAGGAAGACGACACAGUGUCAAUUUAUUGGCUGAAGAUAUUCUAUUGUUUUGUCCGCAGCUUAGAAGGAUGCGACGAUCCGUCAAUCACGAAUGCACUGACCCAUAUCGAGAGAGUAAUGAAAGUCAAGGCGGAAAGUCUAAAAAUGCCCAGUUCCCAUCGUCGAAAACCGCACGAGUUCGACGACGCAACCUUGACCUACGCUCUGUAUUGGUUGCUGUCACAGUGCGGAAAUCUCGACGAGCAUUGCCGUGCGAAAUGCAUGGAGCUGUACAUUAACGUGUCACAGCAUAUCGAUUCCGCACAGGAAACGACGCAGAACUUUGUUCAUACUUAUGGAAUAAAGCAUCUGAACGAUAUCAUCUUGAAAGGCUUAGAAUCGGGCGUGAAAGAUAUUUCUAUGGCUAGUAAUAUGAUGCCGCUAUUGAAAGCUCUGGAUUAUUACAUGUGGUUGAUAAACAAGGAAUUGCUGCCGGUAGAAAAAUUCUUUCCCGCCGAUAUAGAUGAGCAACAAAUUUUCUCCCACAUUCGUAGUUUUGCUUGUCAAUUCUGGCGAAUAAUUGAAGAGUCCUCGAUAGGAACAACUGUGACCACAAUGAAAUCUAAAGAACUCGAACAGUUGCAGGCCUUACAAUGCAAAGUUCUGAUGACUACUUUAAAUUUCGUACAAGUGCUAUUGAACGUGAACGUAAAUGUUCCGGAAUCGUUAUGGGACGAAUCGUUGACCGCUUUAACGAUUAGAUGUAUUAUGCAUCCACGAACGCUCGGUUUCGAUGUGAAAAAUAUCAAGAUUACGGAUGAAUUGCCACAUGUCUUGGAAACUCUGUUAAAUUCCAUGAGAUCGAGGUACAAUUAUGCUCUGCCGGACAUCUUUAACAAGUGUCUUUUAAAUUUUAUUCGAAAAAUCGUCACGAAGCUUCUUGAUCUACAAGAUAUCAUAAAAAACGACUCCUGCGAUGAUCUGAUCCAACACGUUAACGGUCUGAUUCUGUUAAAACGGUAUGAUAUGUUAAAUCCAACGAUGCUAGAAACGAGUACUUUUACGGACGCUGAUUACACGAUCACGCAGAUCUUUGAAUUUUUGGUGAGCAAACAUAUCGGGGAAUUGGCCUGCAAGGACUUGAGCACGCAAAUGAUCGAGUACUUGCGAGCUUUGAUGGAAUUUCAGUUCUUGUUACUCCCGGCGACAAUCGAAACGCCGGUGAUAAUACCUGAUGAUGUUCGAUCGAUAAUCGAUAAUCUGGUGAAAUUCAUAUCCAACAAUAAUCAAGUAACUAGUGUGGACUGCACGAUAAUCACGCACGGCGAACAUUUUCUGAAUACAUUCAAGAGUGUGAUCUUCAAAUACAUGUUAACGCACGUAAGCGCGAUCACGCACGUCUUCGAAAGUACAUAUGACAAUCCAUCCUUUUUGCUGAAGUGGAUUGAAGAUAUGUUGUUGUUCCUGAAACAGCACAAGUGCGAACUGCAGGCUUACGUGGACACCAUGGUCGACUUGAUUCUGCAGCAAUUCACUUAUCUGAAGAACAUCAUCUUUAAUGUGGACAGUCGCAAAGAGAGACUGAUGAAUAUCUACAGUAUUGCGGUGCAUUUGAAGUCAAAGCCCACGGAGGUCUUGCAGAAUCAUGAAUUUUACCAGUGGAUUCGGGAUGAAUUAACGAAUAAUAACAAUCUCGAGUACAAGACGAAGAUUCUUAAAAACUUCUUCGUCUGCCUCACAGAUGUGGUGGAUUGCAACGAUUUUCAAAUAAGUUGGACUCUAAGAAACGACAGUCGACAUCUGUGCUCGAAUCUAUCUGAAAUGAGCGUGAACGCCAUGAAGGUGAUCGAUUGCUUCGAGACGUUGCUAAUAUUGCUGUCGACGACCAGAUCGAAGACAAUGCUUAAGUGCGUGAUAGACUUUGCCGCCGGUACCGGAAAUCGUCUCUUCGACGAAAAACUGGAGGAACAUUUGCAUAGAUACUACUAUGGAGCGUCCCUUGAACAUGUUCUAGAUUCGCUGCGAAAGACCUAUUCUGCAUUCAUGGAAAUGAACACUACCGAAACGGAAAGACUUGACAUUUUGCAUGAAUUUCUCUUACCAGCAUUCAAAUUUUGCGACUCAACCGCGAUCGAACGCUUCUUUGAGUGUAAUUACAAAGUUCUGUAUGAUUAUUACAUUUAUUUUUUAAAUAUCUCUAACGACGAUGAUGCAAUCAAGCAAAAAAUUGUGACGAUGAUUGGAUACUCCCAAUUACUAACGAUUAUGUUUGCCAGAGUGGACAAGAACAAAAUACAGGCGAACGAACCGACCAUGCAGAAUCCAGGGUCUAAUUUAAAAAUCUUGGUCGAAAAGAGUGAUUAUCAACAAUUAGUCUUCAAUAUCAUAAAGAUAUUCCUGAAGAGUAGCGAGAAGAACAUCAGGUCAAAAUGUCAAGAACUUAUACGUCAGUUGCAGUGCUCUUUAUACAAUUGCUUGUUGGCGAUCAUAAGCUUGAAGGAGGAUGAGAGUUCCUAUCGUAGUUCCUAUCGUGUAGUAUUCAAUUCUUUCGGUUGGGAGAAAAUUGUAGACUGCAGGACGCAGUAUGCACUUGGUCAGAUCGUCAAAGAGUAUCCAAAGACCCGCGAGAUCACCGUCAAUAUCAGAUCCGCGGAAGUCGAGAGGGAGGAACAACAGACGCAUAAAUAUACCUAUGUUCAUAGUUACGAUCUAUCAUCUUGUACAUUAAGCGAGGACAUUAAUGCCUACGAUCUCAACAAAUGUGUCGUGCUGCCGGCCGAUUUUCGUCGCUCCACUCCGAUAAUGAACUCUGCGAAUUCUGAUCUACUUCACACACAUCAUGCGACGAGCAUCACCUUAACAAAUAUCGAUUUUGACAAGCACGAAUGUAUGCCGUAUAUUUGCGUUCUAUUGCGGCAUAUUAGAAAGGUAUUCGGUUCGACUAAUACAAAAAUACCCGAGUGGCUUAGAUAUUUCCUCAUCACCAUGCAGCGCAAUCAUCUUCAUGCUAAUAUUCAGCUGUUCAUGCUAAAAAUUAUUUCAAACACGGCAGACGAGGUGUUCAAGCCCUACGCCCAGUUCGCGCUGACAGAAAUCAUCAAGAUUAUCGCUAACUAUUUGCAAGGAAACAACAAUUUGAAUUACAUUAUCACGGACGUUUUGGAGAUACUGAUGAAUUGGCACGAUGUAGCUAUACCAAAUAACGAAGAUAGUAAAGCAGAGGCACAAAGACUUUUUGAGAUAUUUAUUGACAAAGUAUUCAAAAGAAAAUCUGACGAUGAAGACCGUGUCUACAACUACAAUCUCAAUUUGUUAAGGACCAUGGUGGAAAAGUGGCGCGGUUGCUUGCGAAUACCGAGCGAUUUUCUAAACCGACAAAUAACAUCCGCGCCGUCGGCUGCGGUGUAUCUUAUCCUGGUAUCUCUCAACAAUAAUAUGACGGAGGAGAUUGUUAUUAGAGAUGAUAUUGUCAAUUUUCUACUGGAGCAGUUGAAAAAUUGGGAUACACCUGAUUCGGAUAAGACGCCUCUGUACUGCUGUGAGUGUCUUGGCUUAUACCUACGUUUUCUAGAUAACAACAGUCGCGAUGAGAUUGAAAGAGAUAACAAGAAACACUUGGUGAAGGAGAAAAUUUCCAACAUCCUCAGGUUACCCCAGAAUCGCAUAGACAAACAAGUGAAACGCGUCGCUGUUCUCUGCCAAACUUAUCCCGAGGUAGCCCAGGAUUAUAUCAAUAUCGCGACCAGAGCCAUGUAUACGACAAAAUAUUCGACGAAAUGUUUAGAAAUAUUUGCGUUAGCGAUACCCAGGCUCAACGUGGAGGACGUCAUGACAAAUCUGUACUACAUAAGGCUGCAGAAGAUCUUAGAGACUCGGAUGUCGUCCUGCGAGAAGAUAGCAUUGCGAAUCGUCCGCGACGUGGUGGAGAUCUUGCCGAUGCAAAAUCUGCUGCCUUAUAAACAGGUGAUCUUAUACAUCAAGGACAAUAUCACGGAACACCGGGAACUGGUCUACGACAUACUCAUGAGGAUCCAUAAGAGAUGUUCAGCGGACAUCACAGUGAAUGACAAUGCAAUCGUACAAGAUCUACUGUCCGUUAGUAAGCGAAAUUUAUUGGCCGGUCUGUUGGACCCGUCUCCCGAUCUGCAGGACAGAAUACUGAAGUUCUGGAUAGAGGAGAUGAAGCUGGACACAGAGGAAUUGAAGAAACGAUUAGUCUCGCCUUUGACCAUUCUUUCGUCGCAACUGAUAACGGAAGAGGACGCAUUCGCACCUUUCGUAGCGUUGCUGAUGUUGCAACAGGCCACUAAAUCAAUACGUUACACCGAGAAGAUAUUCGAUGAGCCUCUGUCUAACAGCAGCCGCUUCGAGGAAUAUAAGAUAGCCGUUUCCUGGCGAAGGCGGAACCUGAGCUACGUAACGCCAAUGUUCGUCGACUCACUCGCAUCCCAAAUGAGCUACAGCAUCUUCUCUCAGAGUGUCGAUAACGAUUUAAGCGGGAUCUGUAUGACUCCUACAUUCUCUUAUCCACGUCUCUUGCCAGGUUUACGCGCAACGCAGGAUCUGCAAUUCGAGCCGACUCUUGAUGACGACGAUAACGCCGCGGAUGCAACCACAACGCUUGAUAUAUCGCACGACACUGGAUUUGAUCGAACGAUAAUCGCGUCCUCGUCGAAACAACCGCUAUGGACUGCAGGACGUCAGAGAUUCACCAGGAUUCUGGCGAAUACGUCAAAUACCACGAACAACUUCCGUAACGCGCAAAUACGAAGAAAUGCGCAACAAGAAGAAAGAAUACAGCAGGAGAACAUCAGACAAAGAAGCACCGUAAAAUUGUAUAGAAACUAUAGGAUCGGAGAAUUACCCGACAUCGAGAUAACUCACAAGAGUUUUAUCGUAUUGCUUCAACAGUUGGUCAAAUUGGAUCGGCUGAUCUGCAAAGAUGUGAUCGUGUCCCUGUUCUGUUCACUGACCAAGAAAACGACUAAUCAAGAAAAUAUCCGUCAGACCAUCGUGGACAGUCUGAAACGAAUUCUACAUGAUUUGUGCGAAAAGGACAGUUCUUUCAACGCUGUUAUUUUAGAAACGUUACUAAAGUUGAGUCAAGACGCUGCUACAAUCAUCAACUGCGAUCCGCAAGACGUGAUGAAAGCAUCUAAGGCAAAUCAUUUGAACGCUAUCGGCAUUCUUCUUUUGGAACAUAAUUUACUGCCUGAUGCGCAGGAGGAUGACUCGUCGCCCACAUCAAGCAAGAGAAUGCGACUACACGACGAUGCAAUUCGCUACGAGGAGACUAAUAAGUGGAUGCAAUUAGCAUCUCUCUAUAAAUCUCUGAAUGAUGUUGAUGUCGUUUUAAGUAUCUUCCGAAGACAACAAUUUUUCGGUCAGAACGUGCAGGAAGCAGCUCUCGCGGAGGUGAACGGCGAUUGGAUUCGAGCGAAAGAUGCGUUUACGAAAGCUUAUGAAGGAACAACAGAUCCUUCAAUAAAGGAACACUGCCUGCAAGGAUUACUUGAGGCAGUGAAUAAUCUCUGUGACUGGUCAGCGAUCGACAAACUUGUGAAGAACCGUGCGAGAAAUGAGAACUUACGCAAUAUCUGGAACGAUGCAUGGAAAGACUGGAUGAUCCCAUGUGCUUGCGAUGCCUAUGUACAUAUGAUGUCGGAAGAGAGAGAUUUGGUGGUGAGCGAUAUGGAGACUAUCAAAUCGUGGAUAUAUACUCGAGAAAAAUUGCAACAUCUUAUGCCCUUGACGGGCGAAAAUCUAGUGAUAUUUUUGCUCAAUUUUGAGGAUAUGAGAAAGGCAACCGAUCUGUUAAAUGAUCUCUUGGAUAUGACAGGAAAGCAAUGGGUUGGACUUAAUCCCCUUUGUACCGAGCUGCGAAUACGCAAAUUAUUCAAGCUCCAAAUCAUGAACGAUCUCGACGCUUCGCUCAAAAUUCUUCGAUGCACGAACAGAGCAGAGUACUUGAACAGAACGAUCGCGCUGUUGAAUUUAUGGUCGAUGAAAACGACCACAAUUCGAGACAAUCUUAUUCAGUGGAACAAAUUAGCUGCUAAUCGAGCAUAUUCCUCGAUGUUGUUCCAAAACAAAUGUAGAAAACGGGAAGUGACAAAGCGGUGUUAUCAAAUGAACCAUCAGCUCCGAUUAGGCAUCAUCAACGCAGCGUUGAAUCAAAAACAUCGAUAUAUCGCCGAGAAACAUCUGAAUUAUAUAAGUGAAGCAUUUUCUGAGGAGAACGUUAGUCACUUGGAUAUGGGUAAUAACUUAAUAUGGCUUAAAGCUAGACUCGAGUCUCUAUUCGCCGACGUUGAGACCAACAUUUUAAAGAAAAUGUCCAAUUACACUGAUUCCUGGAAAAACUCGCAUAGAUUAUUGAACGGCGAGCUCGGUGCUGAUAUAAGUAAUGCCAUCAAAGAACAUAUCAGCACAAUGGCUUCGAAGAUCGAAUUCUUGAGCAGGGAGAACCAGGAGUUUUCGAUAGCAUUGGAGUACAAUACCAAGAUCCUGCGGGACAUAGGAAACAUAGGACAUAAAGAAGAAAUAGCAACGGUACCAGGAAUACCAGUGGAUCUGGAUAAAAUCCGAAAAUAUUUGCUGGGUUACAGUUUGAAGAAGCUACAAUCUUGCUGCGAGGACACGACCACCGCCAACGUUGGCAAGCACUAUUGCGCCCUGGCUAAACACUGUUACGGUAGACUAAUGAGUACUGACAUAGAAAGCGACGAGAUCUUCCAAGAAUUUCUGUUGUCCACUUUGAAAUCCAUGUAUCAUGAUUGUCUCGAAGCUACGCAUUACUUCCCUUGCUUGCUGAGACCUGAACGAUUACAGAACGAUGAGAUACGAGAAAUGUUCGUCCGAGAAUGUGACGAAUUGCGACCAUGGUUGUUUUUACGCUGGCGGGACUUGCUCUUUUCCCAUCUGGGAACACCGUCGAUCUCAACCGCGAUUAUGCCGAUCAUCAAGAGACUCGCCAAGGCUUAUCCCGAUGCGAUUAUCUAUAAUUAUUACCUUACUAUCGAGAAAAACCCCAGUAUUCUUGAGGAUGUGAACAUUCGACAGAUACGCUUGCUCUUACACGACAAAGCGAAAGAGUACGAGCGGUUCUUGCAAGCGAUACAAUACGUGGUGCAACCUCAACUAUAUUUGAAACACUACCUUGACAAGGUGAUGAAUACAGGGAAUAUAACGACCAUCGAAUCGCUGUUACAAAAAGUCUAUCCGAAUUCCAGCACAAACGCGAUAGAAGAAAAAAACCUGCGACCAGGCGCUAUUUUUAAAGAAAUUGCAAAAUACGAGAGCGUCAUAAGAUCCUUGAAUCCAGAUGAUCUUGAUAUGCGAAAAGGAAUGACAAAACUGAAGGGCAUUCAAUUAAAAUUGAUCGAGUCAAUCCAGAGGCAGAACAAUAAAAACAAUAGGAGGGAAACUACAAGCAAGCUGAAGAAUUACAGCCUGUUUUUGUAUGAAUACGUCGGUGGCAGUAUUGAGAUACCAGGACAAUAUACCGGUGAUAGGGAACCCAUACCGCGUUACCACGUGAAGAUUGCGCGGUUCGAGCCGCAGGUGAAGAUCAUGCAAUCGCUGCGCAAGCCGAUUCGCAUCAACAUAAUAGGCGACAAUGGCAAGGAGUACAAGUUUCUAGUGAAAUUUGGCGAAGAUCUAACGAUAGAUCGGGGCUUACAGCAACUGUAUUCCACUAUGAACAGAACGUUGCGCAACGAUCCCAGCUGCAGACAGAGGCACUUAGCCAUCGACACGUACGAGGUGAUUCCAAUAUCGAGCUCGUACGGUCUCAUACAAUGGAUUGAAGAUACAAGAUCUCUGAAUGAAUUGAUAUGCUUAACUCUGUCAGAUAAGGAGACAAAUUGUUGCCAGAAUAUUGUUAAGAAAUAUGCGGAGUGGAUACAGAAAGCGGCGCCCGAAAAACGGCUGAUCCGCGAUUUUUAUAUAGAAGCUGUAUCUAAGUACAGCCAGCAAGCGGUCACAGAGAACAUGAAUCACCUGAUUAGAGAGACGAAGCAAACAGCUCUACGUGAUGCGUUUAAUUUGAUCAGCCCGUCCCCUGAGUGCUUCGUUACGCUGCGACGCAACUUCAUCAUCAGUUACGCGACCAUGUGUGUGGCGCAUUGGCUCGCAGGAAUCGGUGAUCGUCAUCUACAGAACACUCUGGUGCACGUCGCGACCGGACGUUGCUUAGGCAUCGAUUUUGGUCACGCUUUCGGCAGUGGUAUAGGCGCAUCGGUACCGGAACUCGUACCGUUCCGUCUGACACCGCAAAUUCUUGAGCUGCUACGACCCUUCACAGAGCGGGACCUCCUAGCGACGAUCAUGACUCAUACAAUGCAGGCCUUGCGCGAUGACCAAGGUCCGAUCCUCGCUUGCAUGGACAUCUUCGUUUGCAAACCCGUUCAGUGGUUGAACAUCAAUGACGACGAGAUAAUGAGAAAUGACGAUGAAAAUAUUAACGCAGAUUUAACAUGGUCCAAGAAAAAUAUUGAGAUAGUUGCGAAAAAGUUAAAUGGAAUCCAUCCUUCAAUCAUUACAUUAGAGCAAUUAAAUGACACUCGAAAAAAAAGAGCAAUUAACGAUAGACACUUUGCGAAAUAUUAUGCCAUUGUCUCAGGCAAUGAUGAGAUCAAACAAGCGCGAGCGGAUAUAAAGAGGGACCAUUUGACUUCUAUAGAACAAGUGGAUUGUUUAUUGGAUCAAGCAAAAGACUUGAAUGUCUUGGGCCGUAUGUAUCAAAAUUGGAGACCUUGGCUAUAAGGCUGCGUAAUAUUUAUAAAAUAUAUGAC